AUGGGCGUAAAUGGCCUUCUACAUUGGAUCAGAAAGUCCCAUCCGACCGCCCUCAAAUCCUUUCCCAAACGAUGGGCAUCGCCCGAGAUCAAGGGGAAGCGAAUCGCCAUUGAUGCAACGCUUCUGACUACACGAUACCAUUUCGCCAUCACAGAAGGGCCGUUGCGAGGCAAAGGUGCUUUGGUAGGAUGGUACAAUCUUUUGAGUCUGAUGAGAGCACACGAUGUCCAGCCGGUAGCUAUCUGGGACCGACCAGGCGUACGAGCCUGGAAGGCGGCUGAGGCUCGACGGCGACUGAAUACCCGCUUAGUUGCCAGUGCAAGACGGCAACACGAGGAUGAGCGACAGGAACGUCUGACCGAUCUUCGAGAGGGCUUGUCGGCCCUCCAGGCCCUUUCAGAGGAGGAGCAGGAGGUCAUCAGGCUGGGAUGGUCUCGAGGCAGAUACACGAACGACCCGGCGUCUACGGUCCCCUCGACUGCCACUCUACCACCUCCCAAGUCAACGCAUACACCAUCACUUCAUACACACGCCCCAGAGGAAGUCGAAGAUACCGCGGAAGAAGCCAUUGAGAGGAUAUCUUCGAUGGAAGAUACCCUUCGCACUCUUGUCGGCCGAUACCGCGCAUCCCUCCCCUCCCCCACAAUCCGAGAUGCUCGAGGCGGAAUCGACGACGUCGUCGAACAUAUCGUCGAGCUGGAAAAGCUGUCAGAGUCACUCGACGUAGCGGCGGAACGGGCGACGCUGGACCAUGCAGAACGGCGGUCGACGAGGCAGGCGGCAAGGGACUAUGUGGACGACAGGCUGGGUGAACUGCUGCCUCCGGGAGAGUUUAGCGAGACGAGGCGGCAGACUGAGCUGACGCUGGAGGAAGGGAGAAUCAUCGAGGAGUUUAUGCGGCCAAAGAGCGUGGAGGCGGAAGGGGCAGCAAGUGAGGAAACCCAGGCGGGAUCGUCCUCGGCCGAAGUCGAAGCCCCGGUGAAACCGGAAACCCCAUCUAUACCGGCGGAGGUCUCAUCACUCCCGAUCCUGGCAGGGUAUCUCGACGCCGCAGAGCCGCUCGACCGCCUCGACGCCCUCAUCGAGGCCGCCCCGCCCGUCAGGGACAUUUACGACCGCGCACUCUUCGUUCCCACGGCCGACACGCACGCAGAUUGCCGGGAUCUGCUCGCUCGUUUGGGCGUCCCCAUUCUGAUGGCGGAACCGCCUUAUGAGGCGGAGGGACUAGCGACGAGUCUGGCGUUGGCUGGCGUGGUGGAUUGGGUCGGAUCAGAGGACUCGGACGUCAUCCCUCUCGGUGGACCCUUGCUCAAAAACCUCUCGCUAGCCCGCCAGCCACUCAUCGCCCUGCCACCAUCGGACCUUCUCUCCAUCAUCUCCCUGACCCGGGCGCAACUCAUCGACUUUUGUAUCCUCCUCGGAAACGACGCGUGUCCGCGCAUCCCCGGCGUCGGAGCUGUUGCGGGCUACAAGCAGAUUGUCAAGCACGGCUCGAUCGAGGCGAUUCUUGAGCAUGAGAAGAAGGUCAGGGAUAAGGUGCCCGACAUGCAGGAGUAUAUGGAACUGGUCAGAGGGGCGAGGACGGUGUUUGGGGAUCUGCCGCCUAUCUCGGAGGAAGUCAAGGCGGAGUUGACGGUGACUUUUGAGGGGAUGAAGGGGCAGGAGCUGGAUCUGGAAGGGGUGGAGAGGUGGAUGGAGGAGAGGCAUGGGAUACGAUUCGUCAAUCCCGAUGAGGGGUAUGUGAGCGAUGCAGCAGCCUGA